GCUUCGACGGAGGCAGCGGAGGCAGGUAACCGUCCCGGUAGAACAUCCCAGAGCCGGCGGCCAGGAGAAGCAGACUGUCACCAUGUCUGUGUCGCACAGUUCUAAGCUGAACAAGGUGGUCCGAGACCAGUACAUGAAGCUGCCCCAGGGAGACAAGGUGCUGGUCACCUAUGUCUGGAUCGACGGCAGUGGAGAAGGAGUUCGCUGUAAAACCAGAACCUUGAACCAGGAACCAAAAUGCAUUGAAGAUGUGCCUGAAUGGAAUUUCGACGGAUCCAGCACAGACCAAGCAGAAGGCUCUAACAGCGACAUGUUCCUGAUACCCGUCAGAAUGUUCCGAGACCCCUUUUGUCUUGAUCCCAACAAGCUCGUGUUGUGUGAAGUCCUGAAAUACAAUCGAAAACAUGCAGAGACCAAUUUGAGGAACACCUGCAAGAAGAUCAUGGACCUGGUGGAGAACAGCCACCCUUGGUUUGGGAUGGAGCAGGAGUACACCUUGCUGGGCAUCAACGGGCACCCUUACGGUUGGCCUGAAAACGGCUUUCCGGGACCCCAAGGGCCCUAUUAUUGUGGGGUCGGCGCAGACAAAGUCUAUGGGCGUGACAUCGUGGAAUCCCACUACAAGGCCUGUCUCUACGCUGGCGUGAAGAUCUGUGGCACCAAUGCCGAGGUCAUGCCCUCCCAGUGGGAAUUCCAAGUGGGGCCAUGCGAAGGCAUCGAGAUGGGGGAUCACCUGUGGAUGGCGAGGUUCAUUUUGCACCGGGUGUGUGAAGACUUUGGCGUUGUGGCUACCUUGGAUCCCAAGCCGAUGACAGGCAACUGGAACGGGGCUGGUUGCCACACCAAUUACAGCACAGAGGAAAUGAGGCGCGAAGGAGGACUCAAGUCUAUCGAAGCUGCGAUUGAGAAGCUGGGCAAACGGCACGACUACCACAUCUGCGUCUAUGACCCCCGAGGAGGCCAGGACAAUUCCCGGAGACUGACGGGCCACCACGAGACCUCGAACAUCUUUGAGUUCUCGGCUGGCGUGGCCAACCGAGGGGCCAGCAUACGCAUUCCCCGCCAGGUGGGCCAGGACGGGUUCGGCUACUUUGAAGACCGCCGGCCCGCUGCCAACUGUGAUCCGUACGCAGUCACGGAAGCCAUUGUAAGGACCACGCUCCUCAACGAAACAGGUGUCGAGACAAAAGACUAUGUGGAACAGUCUAAAUCAGAACGUGGUGUUCUCAAAGACUGAUGUGCCUUUUCCCCCUCCCUCCCUGCAGUUUCCUAAAAUGUGUGCCCUGGCCAGCUAGUAAAUUUCUCUGCCGUCUUCAGAAACCUUCCUUCUGGUAUUGUGACGUGGUGACUUAGAAAUAUAUUUCUAUAUUUUUAGGAGAGACAAAUUAUUUUCCUAGCAGAUCUCACCGGUUCCUGUUCUCGUUUCUUAAAGAAAAGAUUGUAACGGGGGGGGGUUUCAAAGAAACUUUUUAAACAACUGAAUCUAUACUGUGGUUCAGGGGGACAAACGAAAUUGAAUCUUGUACACACGCCAGGCUGCUUCCGGGUGCCGAAGAACCUGUUCUCCCCCUUCCCUUUCUGUCUCUGUUGCAAGGAAACAAUAAAGU